AUGAUCUUUUUAAAUCUUGUUUUGGUGACUCUCCAACUUUUGGGGUUAUCUAAUGCCGUGAAGUUUGACUUCAUCAAUGAUUUUCUUAAUUUCAACCACUUCUACAAAAACACCUUCUACGAAGCCGUUACUCAAGAAGAAACUGCAGUAGUCCAACUUAAUGAAAAUUGGCGCUUUCCUUCCAUCAAGAUCUUCGCUACUGGAGGAACAAUCGCUUCUUCAGGUGAUUCAAGUACCAGUAAUGCUGGUUAUUCUGUCAACUUGACCAUCAAUGAUUUGGUCGAUAAUAUCCCUGAGCUUUCCAACCUUGCAACCGUUGCUUUCCAACAAAUUUAUAAUGUUGGUUCCAAUGAAAUCACCUCGUUACACACUUUGAAACUCAGAAACGAAAUCUUACUGUCGUUGAAGAGCGGGGAAUACCAUGGGAUUGUGGUUACUCACGGGACCGAUACUCUUGAAGAAACCGCGUUUUUCCUUGAGUUAACCCUUGACGUUAAGGAACCUAUUUGUCUUACUGGGAGUAUGAGACCAAGAACUAGUAUCUCUUAUGAUGGGCUUAUGAAUCUUUACACAUCUGUACUUGUUGCCAGUCACGAAAGUGCGGUCAACCGUGGGGUACUUGUUUCUCUCAACGAUCGUAUCAUAUCCGGUAUUUAUGCUACCAAAUCAAAUUCUAACUCCCUUGAUACUUUCAAGAAUGACGAACAAGGAACUCUUGGGAUGUUUGUCGAUAACCAAAUCAAUUGGUUUAUUUCUCAGCCAUUCAAGCACCGCAUUGCCGGACUCUUUGCCGGUUCAAGAAGACUCUUGGAAAUUGAGCAUUCAUUCGAAAUGCCAGAAGUCCUUAUUCUUUUCGGUUACCAAUCUCUUAAUGUGGAGUUGAUAGAAUUGGCUGUCAACCAUCUUAAUGUCAAAGGUAUUGUGUUGGCCGGUACCGGAUCAGGUUCUUGGACCGAUCAUGGUAAUAUGGUCUUGAAGAGACUUUCUGACACUUUGGGUUUGCCAGUUAUUUACAGUACUAGAAACGCCAACGGUAUCGUUCCUGUCGGUAAUUUGCCUAAUGGAAAAUAUAAAUUCCAAGGUGCAAUUGCUGGGGGUUACUUGAAUCCUCAAAAGGCAAGAAUUUUGUUGCAGUUGUGUUUGAUUGAAGGGUAUUCCCAUGAAAGAAUUAGCGAAAUUUUCAAGCUUGUGUAUGGUGGUAGCAGAUUCUAA